AUUAGAGCUAAUAAGCUAAGCAGGACUCCUGUGGAGACAUUUUGCUUGAAGAGAGAAAUUGCUUUUAAUGUUUUUUUAUUUUUCUUUUUAGGGCUUUAUUGGAGGAUAUGGCAUAUGGAUCUUGUUCAGUCUGCAGUCCUGUAUAGCGUAAUGACCCUCAUCAGUACCUAUCUAGUAGCUUUUGCCUAUAAGAACGUCAAGUUUGUUCUCAAGCACAAAGUAGCCCAGAAAAGGGAAGAUGCGGUUUCCAAAGAAGUUACUCGCAAGCUUUCUGAGGCAGACAACAGAAAGAUGUCUCGUAAGGAGAAGGAUGAAAGAAUUCUGUGGAAGAAAAAUGAAGUUGCAGAUUAUGAAGCAACAACUUUUUCCAUCUUUUACAACAAUACCCUCUUUCUGGUCUUGGUCAUCAUUGCUUCGUUCUUUGUGUUGAAGAACUUCAACCCAACUGUGUAUCCUUUAUUGCCGCAAUUGAAAAACCAAAGUCAUAUUCCUAUUUAUUGUCAGUUGUAGCAUGUUUGCAAUCUGGGUUGUGAGAUUACUCUGUAGAUAUAUGCAGUUCAUUGUAGUGCCUCCACUUGGAAACACUUGAACAUACAAGUGGAGACUACCAAAAAAAUCUCCAAAUCACAAAUGAUUUGUUAUCAUCUGACACUAGAUGUUUUAAGGGUAUCACCUGGACAAUCUACAGAAAUUCUUAUGGCUCUGCCAUUUCAAAUGUAAUGGCUUGUGCAGUAAGGAGGCCGUUCAGUCGUACAGAAACACGGCAUUUAGUGCGAGUUGCCACACGCUGUUACUUUACAGAAUUGUUUAGUUUCAGGAAGUUCACAAGAAAAUUACUUCUUUUACUUAAGUAAAUAAAUGCUGACAAUAAGUGCUGCCUAUGUUAAUGAAAGAUCUGCUGUAUUUAACAGUAUUUAUAACUUCUUUUAAAUGAACAGACUGAACUUUAUAGGUAUCUUAAGUGCACUCGUAACUUUAGCAUCUUGCUAAUAGCUUGAAAUACAGCUUAGAAUCAAGGCUAUGGUGUUGCAAUGCCGAUUUUAAAACUCCUAUAGAAUUUAUAGAGAAAACUCCCUCAAUCCAUUUUUGUUCAAACAUCCUCUGCUAAAUGUUUUGGGCAAAAUAAGGUUG